AUGGCCGACUUUGGAUUGCGUGCCCCUCAUGGGCCCGACAUGACUGGCACUCACAACCCGUUGGAGGAUAUGGAUACUUAUGAGAGAGGUGCCUUUGACGAGUUAAUUCGCCCCGACGAUAGCUACACAAAAGAUGGAACCUAUUGGGCAGAUUUGCCACUUGGUCAAAAGAUCAAGUUCGUCAGCUCCUACGACGCCGCCGAGGCCAAGCGUGAAUUGGGAAACAUUUGGGAUAUGAUCAAGAUUGACCCUCUCUCGCCCGUCUCAUAUUACUUCCGUAACAUGGUCCUGCCUGGUGCCGGUCUAGGUCUGGAAGGUUACGUCCUGUUCUCCAUCGGUAACAUUAAGCCAUUGUUCGAAAAGACAUAUCCCGAUUGUUGGGACACAGCUACCACCUGCAAUCAGCAAUGGAUCAACGCUGUCGACUACUUGGAGAUCAUUGGUAUCAUUUUCGGUCAGAUUUUGGUGGGAAUUAUUGGUGAUUGGUUGGGACGUCGGUGGGGUUUGAUUCAAGAUGCCACCAUCAUGUUCAUUGGUCUGAUUAUGCUUACGGCUGCUUGGGGUCUUACUAUGAAUGGCUGGAUUAUCUGUUAUGCCUGGUCGCUGUUCUUCUACAGUGUUGGUGUUGGUGGCGAAUAUCCGAUGACGGCAACAAGCGGUAUGGAGAAUGCAGUGGGCUCUGGCAAGAUCUCAACCAAGGAGGACCGCCUCCACCGUGGUCGUAAGGUCACCAGCGCUUUCUUGAUGCAGGGCUGGGGUCAAUUUUUUAACCAGGCUCUACUCAUUAUCCUGCUGUUGAUUUUCCACCACGGGAGCGGCAACAACCCAUACUCUGCCGUUUCGACUCAAUGGACAUACCGUAUUUCCUUUGCCAUUCCGGCUGCUGGAACCCUAUGGCUGGUCUACUACCGCGCGUACCACAUGAAAGCGGCGAGCAAACAGUUGACCGCAGCGAAGAAGAAGUCAGCAGUCACUGGUUAUGACGUCGACUCAUUACGCCUCACGUUCAAGUACUUCGGUCCUCGCCUGAUUGCAACUAUGGGUGGCUGGUUCUGUAACGAUGUCUUCUUCUACGGUAACAAGCUGUUCCAAAGUGAAUUCAUCUCCGUUAUCAGUCCAUCCUCUGACUCCAUCAUGCCCACCUGGUUGUGGAGCUUGGUGAACGUCGGUGUCUCUCUGGUCGGCUAUUAUUGUGCCUCAUUUGUCAUCGACAACAAACUAUAUGGCCGCAAGUGGAUGCAAACCUUCGGCUUCUUAAUGUGCUUUGUUUUGUUCGUGAUUCCCGCUUUUCACUACGAGUACUACACUUCGGCCGAGCAUAUCAAGGAGUUCCAAGCCAUGUACUUCCUUAGCUCGUUCUUCAACCAGUUUGGUCCAAACAGCGUGACCUUCCUGGUCGCCGCCGAGGUUUACCCCACCCCCAUCCGUGCCACCGCCCAUGGCCUGUCUGCCGCGUCUGGUAAAUCUGGCGCCCUCCUGGCAGCAGUUCUGUACAACUACAUCUCCGAUCAAACGAAAUUUCUAGUCGUUCCAUGGUUCGGUUUGGCCGGUGUCGUUCUGACUCUGGCCUUCUUGCCGGAUACCACUGGUCUGGAUUUGAAAGAACAAGAGCGUCGUUGGCAGUACAUCCGAGAGGGUCGGGAAAGUGAAUAUCAUGGCCCUGCAGUCCACCCUAAGCACCUUUCCUGGUACGAGCGCUACGUCCUGCACCUUGAUCGCAACUAUGAUGCCGAGCAGGACUACCAACACAAGGUUGAGGAGUAUCGUGCCGAGUGGGAGGCUGCCAUGGCUUCCAAGUACGCUGAGAAGGAAAGCGGCGAUGAUAGCGUCGAUGACACCGAUGAUUCACUGCUCGAGGGUCAUGUGCACACUUACUUCCACCGCACCAGUCCCAUGUUCAAGGGUCAGAGUCCCAUGGAGAAGCCUGGUUCCUCCAACAGGAAGGACGACUUCACCUUGCCACCCGCUGCUGAAGUAGACGAGGACGCCUAUACCAAUGCUGAGCGACACGACAAUCCCGCAAACGUGCCCGCCACUUCCGAUGAGCAAAACACACUCUCCAGUGCCACCGCCACUACAUAUAACAACGAGCAGCGCACAAUCUCGAGCGAGUCACAUACAUUCUCAUCAAGUGAGAAACGCUCAUAG